AUGUUCAGCAUCCAGAAUGGGAUGCAGGUGACUCUCGAAUACACCAGCCACUUAUCGCCUGAUGAGCCUUUGAAAGCACUCUUCAAAGCUCUCGCCAACAUAAGCUCCAGCCUGACUGAGGUUGUAGUCAAGUUCGCACUUACGUACUUGCAUGAAGGACACGAGCUCCUUGCCAAUUCCAAUCUGCUGCUGGCACCGAAGCUGUGGUACUGCGAGAAAGUUGACAGCAUCAACAUAUAUGUCAUUGAUCCCUCAUGGUGUGUCGACGCAAGUCCACAUCACAAAUGUCUUUGUGAUGCAGUGAACGUGCUCCAUGAGGCCAACUUCGUCUUUGAGGAUCUCUGCGAACCGAAUGUGCUGCUGUGCGACAAUGGGGCGAUGCUUAUUGACUUUGACUGGUGUGGCAAGGAGCGUGAGGCGUGUUACCCAAGCGACAUCUUGAUGGACAGUGAUAUGCCUUGGCAUGCGAGUGUGCAGCGCGAAGGCCUGAUCACCAAGGAGCAUGACUGUCACCUCCUCGACAAACUUGCUGGCCCACCUGAGCAGCAAGGGACGCUGCUGGGCAAUGUUGCCUGA